AUUGAAAAAUAAAUGGUAUAUUGAAAUUACAGCAUAGACAAAGGUUCGCGUCCGGCGUCCCUAAUCUCAAUCGGAUCGGACUGCAAGAGCAAACCUCGCAGGAUCCCCACUGACGAACAGGUUGGUUGCUGCUCGAUUCCGGUGAAAAGAUACCGUAGGAAAAAAGGGGUUAAAGAAAGAGAGCAAGUUCUUUGAUAAUUCGACGAAGACAAGAAACUUGACAUGGCAGCAAGACUGAACCAGGUGGCGGCCCGGAUCAUGGGCGGCACCGGAGCCGUUUCUCGAUCUGUCGGGUCCUCUCUCCGCGAGCGAUCCGGAAUGGGCCUCCCUGUGGGCAAGCACAUCGUCCCUGACAAACUGCUACCCGUGAAUGAUGAACUUGUGUGGGAUAAUGGAACUCCAUUUCCAGAACCUUGCAUCGAUCGUAUUGCUGAUAAUAUUGGGAAGUAUGAAGCGUUGGCUUGGAUGUGUGGCGGGCUAGGAUUUUUUGCGUCGCUUGGUCUGUUAGCUGUGUGGAACGAUAAGGCCUCAAAAAUACCAUAUACACCCAAGGUCUACCCUUACGAUAACCUGAGGGUUGAGCUCGGUGGAGAGCCCUGAGGUUGUUUCUUACCAGACCUUUUGCCUGCUGCAAUUUGAUUGGUACCAAUGGAGUUGGUGAAAUAAAUGAACAAUUCGACGGGGAGAACAUCACUUUUAAGGAUUUACUAAACUUUUUGCAAAAUUGUUUUUGAACUUGAUUAUGAUAUUCAUGGAGAAGUGAGAACUAUUUUAUACUCCUUCCAGCCGAGUGAAAAGUAUCUAUUUGACUUUUGCACGCGGAUUUAAUUAUAUUAUUAUUUUAUGGAUAUCUAUUGUAAUAGAGUAGUGUAAAGUUUAUUUACGGUGCAAUUAUAUAUAUAAAGGAAAGAUUUUUUGGU